AUGAGUGACAAAGCUAUACCAGUUCGAGUGGCACUUCCCCUUGAAGCUAUUCAAGAAGAAGAACCGGAGGAGGAAUUGGAAGAAUGGCAAACGACCAACGAUCCUGCUGAGCUAAAGCAUUACCGUACUCAGGCAAAGAGAAUUCACACGAAGUCACUUAAUCAAGCUCUCCUUGCCGUCCGGAUGCUAGAAGAUGUUGAUACAGUCAACGUAUAUCGAGUUGGCUUGGUCCGUGCAUACGACAUAGUUGAAAGAAUUCACCGUCGCUACGUGGAAGCGUUAGCUGACGUGGCCAACUACUUAGAUUCCUGUCAGGCCCGUGCAAGAUCAGUUGCAGGAUCCAGACGCAGUAGCACUUCUAACCGUUCAUCAGCCUCAUCGACACGCCGUAAACUUCAAGAGGCAGAGCGGCUGGAAAAGGAAAUGCAACUAAAGAUUCAACAGGAAAGAGCUGAAGCCUUGCAACAAGCCGAAGAGGAUGAACGUAUGCAGCAGUUGGAAAUCGCUAGAAAAGCAGAAGAAAGGCGUGUUGAAGCAGCACGUAAGGAACAUUACAAAUGGAGCUGGAGAAACAACGCUACACUGGCUCCUUGUUACGCAAACAUCUCGCAGACGAUUUAG